AUGGCCGCAAGCUGGCUCACUCUCCCGGUCCAACUGACAGGGAGUCGCGAGUUCACUUGUGAUGGCUUCACAAUGGAGCAAUGCGACUACUACAUGCAACGAUGGCAUUUUUGGUAUAUUGCGGACCUCGUCUACGCUCUGCCGACAGUAGCCUUUUUCAUGAGUACCCUUGGAAUCUUCAUUAUCGGCCACUUCAUAUCUUCGCAAGUGCUAGGAUAUCGAAAGUUUCGCGGCCCUCGUUUAUGGCGGCGCUUAAUCGCCAUGGUUCGAUACUUGUCAUAUCGAGGUUUCUAUGUCAAGGCUCUGCAAUGGAACUCGGCGCCCUUAGGGCUUCUGCUGCUGGGUGCUGCAGGAGCUGUCUAUUUCUUUUGCAUGGAUCUCAUUCCACAGCCAUACUACUGGCCAAGUCUGGACUUUGGUGGUUCACCCCCAUUGGGAACUAGAUCGGGCUGGAUGGCUCUGGCAUGCAUGCCAUUCGUCUUUGCAACCGCCACGAAGACCAGCUGGAUCACACUUCUUACUGGUGUUUCGCAUGAGAAGCUUCAGGUCUUCCACAGAUGGAUAUCCUACGCCUUUUUCAUUCUUGCGCUAUUGCAUACAUUUCCGUUCAUCGUCUACCACAUAAGAUUCCAUGACAUGGUGAUGCAAGUGGAGAUGAGCCUUAUCUUCUACUGGACAGGCAUUGUCGCCAUCAUCUUCCAAGCGUGGCUUACAUUUGCGUCUCACAGUUUCAUCCGAAAACUCGGUUACGAGUUUUUCAAGGCAACACACUUUUUUGCUGCCGCCAUGUUUAUUUUGAUAUUCUUUUGGCACUGUGAUUAUACACUCACUUCCUGGCACUAUUUCAUAGCGACGGCGGCUGUAUAUGUGCCUUGCUUCGUCCACUCCUGGCUAAGGACUUGUUUCGAGUACGGAAUCCGGCAAAGGGCCCAUAUUUACGUGGAGGAGAAUGGUUUUACUCGCAUCACAAUCCCAGUGGCCUUCAGUUGGAGACCCGGGCAGCACUGCUUCCUUCGCUUUACGAGCUUCGGGUUUUUGCGGGCUCUCUCAGCGCAUCCGUUCACCAUAUCUUCCUUGCCAUCAAGAGAACCAGGUGUAGAGUCACAACUCGUCUUUUACAUUCGUCAUCAAGGUGGUUUUACUGCCAAGCUUUACGAAUAUGCGAUGAAAAGCCCUAACGCCACAGUGCCUGUGCUUAUUGAUGGCCCGUAUGGAGGCAUUAAUAUGCAGUCAUAUGUCCACAGCGAUCAUCUCCUUGUGAUUGCAGGAGGCUCGGGUGUUGGUUGGACUUUGCCUUUUAUCGAGCAAUUUAUCACGCACCGCUCGGGACCCAUUGACGAAGAAUGUGGCCGAGCUGUAGAUGUUGGCAGCGAAAAGGAAGCGAGUGGCAGCGAGCCACGCUACGCUUGCAAAAUGUCUGCACCAAGCUCGUUGCGACUCAUCCUAGCGACAAGAGACGUUACCAGCCGAGUUUGGUAUUCUCAAGCGGUCAAAAAGCUUCUCACAGAGCAGUCAGGAACAAGCCGACUUUCCAAUCUUUAUAUCGAGGUGUACCAUACUGGUCAGGCCGUACAAGACAUAAAAACUAUCAACAUGGUCCAGGAGCCUCAGGUAUCUUCGGAAGAGCAGUCUCCGAUGCCAGAGAAAGUCAGUGAUGGAGCCACUCGAGCAGAAAUCUCCAAGUUAGUGGAGGAGUGCACAGGCCGGCCACAACUCCCUUCGAUCAUUAGAGAAGCUGCAGGACAAGUAAAAUCAAGUGAGUCGCUUGGCGUUUAUGUCUGUGGGCCUACUACGAUGCAGAAUGAUGUACGCAAUGCGGUUGCAGACGUUAAUUUGGACAUCCUCAAAGGUUCGAAGUCUGGGGGAGCUUAUUUACAUUGCGAGCAUUUUUCUUGGGCGUAG